AUGGCAAGCCCGGAUUUGUUUGUAGCGAGCCUCCCAGAGCUUGUGCGCGACUCGCAACUCCAGGCGCGAUUUGAGACCGAUGGGGAGCACCGCUUCGUCGUACACACUCGCUCGUCUAGCCGCCACCUAUCGCAGGAGAAAUGGCGCAGCCAACGAAGGCUGGGAAGCGGGGGACAGGGCGCCGUUGAACUGCAGGUCAAGCAGAUGACGCAGUCUGGUCGGCCUCAGUUGCGAGCCGUUAAAACCCUCAACAUUCCCAACGAGCUUACUUCAUCGAUUGGGAAACUGCACCAAAGAGAGCUCGAGACAAUUGCCAAGUUCUCUCAAGCAAAGUACUCGGAUCAUUUUGUGAAGUCCUUUGGGUGGUUCAUCAGCCCCGGACGCAUACAUAUUGCGAUGGAGUACUGCGAACUUGGUGAUUUGGAAAAGUAUCUCUCGAAGUGCCCAUUGCAUCGAGUAUCAGAGGCGGAAGCACACGAUAUCUCUUCGCAGAUACUUGACGCGCUGUGCAGCAUGCACGAGGAGAAAUAUUGCCACCGAGACCUGAAGCUAGCCAACGUUUUGAUCAUGAGCACUACGCCUUCUUGGUGGAUCAAGCUGGCUGACUUCGGUCUCAGCAAGCGUGAUACAACUAUGGCGCAGACAACAGCAAUUCGUGGGACGAUCAAUUAUAUGCCACCAGAGCUGCUUGGAUAUACUGAUGACUCGGACUCGGCAGACCCUUAUGCGGUGGAUAUGUGGUGUCUAGGACAGGUGGUCUUCAGACUUGUUGCAGGUCAACCGAUGUUCUCGUCUCUGGGCAACCUAUCCCGAUACUGUCGCGGUGAAAUGCAAUUUCCCGAGACGUUACUGAGAAAGUAUGAAGAGAUUGACCAUGAACUCGUGACCUUUACCCAAUCACUCACUAAGCCUCAACCUGAGGAUCGAAUGUCCUCGGAAAAAGCAUCAGCGCACCCAUGGAUUAAGGCAGAGAAACAUUAUCCUCCUCCUAGAAGUUUCAGCCCUGGGUCAAACACAACGACUCCAUUUGUGCAAGAUGAAGACUCUGAUCAACCAUCGGCAACUUGGGCCGCGUCAACAACAAUUAGACUUGCCGAGCACGACACGAAUUCUACCCCUUGGACUGCAUCAGGUAUCACACAAGAUGAAGCUUCUGCUGAGUGGCCGUCUCAAUCUACGACAGAAUCUGUUUAUAGUACCGAAACGCAUACCGCGCAGCCAGCCGCUACCACUCCGAGUAACGUCAUUGAUGCAGAGAAAUACAAGAUUGCUGCGAACCGGUUAUUCAAGGAAGGGAAACACACACACGCCAUCGUCGAGUAUACCAAAGCCAUCGAACUAGAUCCCUCCUCAACGCUCUACCUCGGAAACCGAGCUGCGGCGUACAUGGCUACUGGCCAAUACGAAGCCGCGCUACAUGAUUGCCAAAAAGGCAUCGAAUUGGAUCCAUAUGCUCAGAAAAUCUAUCAACGUCUCUUUCGCCUGUACACAUAUAUGGGCCACCCUGAAAAGUCGAUAGCCAUAUUUGGACGUAUCAAUCCACCCCCGCCUCCCGCAGACAUCAGCAAGACAAACAAGAUGCAGGAGAGUAUUCGGAGGGCACAAAGAAUCAUCAAGGCUGGCACCGACCUAGACCAGGCUGUCCAAGCACUUGAUGAGGCAGAGCUGGGUCUUGCUCCAGGUGCGGAGGUUCCCAGGAAAUGGAGGCUGACGAGAGCAGAAGCCUACCUGGUGAUGAACAACAGCGAAAGUCUGAGUGAAGCCAGGAGGAUCUGCAUAUCGAUUUCCAACGAAGGUCCUGUGGGUGGUGAUGUGCUGACCCUCCAUGGCCGAGUUUCAUACGCAGAAGAUGAAAUGGUGAGAGCUUUGAAAUAUUUCAGAGAAGCACUUGAGCGCGAUGAGACGCGGCAGGAUGUCAAGAAGUGGAUGAACUUGGUAGAGAAAUUGGUCAGUCUCAAGAAAAAGGGAAACGGCUUGUUUAGCGAGGGACGCUUUGCCGAAGCCAGGGAUGUCUACACGGAUGCCAUAGCCACAGACUCCAGGAGCAAACCCAUGAGCGCAAAGCUUCUCGGCAACAGAGCCCAGUGCAACAUCAGGCUUGGGGAUAACGAGAAGGCCAUCGCCGACUGCGACGCCGCUAUCAGGCUCGACCCCAACUAUGUGAAGGUCAGAAGGACCAAAGGGACAGCUUUACAUAAUCUUGGAAGGUUUGAAGAAGCGCUCCAAGUCUUGGAAGAGGCCCAGAGACUUGAUCCUGCAGACAAAGCUACGGUGCAGAAUAUCAAGGCUGCGAAGGCUGCCCUUGCGUCGAGCCGGUUCAGUAAUGGUAUUGACCCGCGCGAUCUCUUUGCGCUAUUCAAAAAGGAUGACGUCUCGGGGAGCACAAGUACGCCUAGUACCUCAGCCGAUCCAAGCAACAAACCACCGCCUCCACCCCCACGCCCCAUCGACCCCAACACUACAUUCAAUAAGCCAAAUAGCCCAGGUGAGCCUGCCUCUGAUGGGACGUUUACGAUCUCCAAUGCCCAAGAGAUUUUCGACAUACUUGCGCGUGAUCACGGCAACCAGCGUGAUGAAAGCAAUGGACCAGGAAAUCCCUCUCGAGAUUCUCGUGUACAAGGCGCCCCGGUCCCUCCUGAAAGCCGCAAAUUCAAAGUCACCAAUGCCAAAGAUAUCUUUGAGGAGAUGAAGCGAAUGAACCAAGGCGGAGGGAGAGCCUAG